AUGAAGAACAACUGGUGGGAAAGGAAAGCUGUUGAGCUGCAAGCAGCAGCCGACAACCAUGACAUAAAAUCACUCCAUGACGGCCUUUGCAUAGUGUAUAGACCUAAGGUAUCUGGCUCAACCCCACUUCGAACCUCUGACCAGUCCACUCUGCUAACUGAGAAGACUGACAUCCUUGCACGCUGGGCAGAACACUUCAAAAGUGUCCUGAACAGAGACUCGACCAUCUCUGAGGAGGCAAUUGCAUCCUUGCCCCAACUCCAAAUGAAGGAAUCCCUGUCAGACCCCCCAACCAGUGCAGAGGUUAUCAAGGCUGUGAAGCAGACAACACCUGGAAAGGCACCUGGAGCAGAUGGAAUCCCCGCUGACAUUUACAGGAAUGGAGGAAAGGAGACAAGACAUCCUGUGAUAAUCCCCGUGGGAUAUCACUUCUUUGCAUCGCAUCUUGCCAGGGUCAUCCUAAAUAGACUCAUGACACAUAUUGCUGAUUCCAUUAUCCCUGAAUCCCAGUGCGGAUUUCGUGCAGGCAGAGGCACCAGUGACAUGGUUUUUGCUGUCCGUCAGUCACAGGAAAAAUGCCGCGAGCAGAAUCAAGAGCUCCACUUGGUGUUUGUAGACCUCACCAAGGCCAUCGAUACCGUGAAACGGAACGGUCUAUGGAAGAUUCUGCAAAAGUUUGGAUGUCCAGAUAAGCUGACAGAGCUGAUCGCCUCCUUUCACAACGGCAUGCAAGCCAGAGUCCAAGCAAAUGGUGAUACCUCGGAUCCAUUCCAAGUGAGAAAUGGAGUGAAGCAGGGCUGCGUUCUUGCCCCGACUUUGUUCUCCAUCCUGUUUGCAGCAAUGCUGCUCGAUGCCUUCCACAAAUGCAACAGAGGAGUAUAUAUCCGAUUUCGUACUGAUGGGAAGCUUUUCAACCUGCAAAGACUCAAAGCUAAGACUAGAGUGUUCGAGGCCAUACUACGGGAUUUUCUAUUUGCUGAUGACUGUGCACUGGUUGCACACUCCCAUGGAGACAUGCAGUACAUAACAGAUUCGUUUGCAGUUACCUGUAGACGAUUCGGAUUGACGAUCAGCCUCGGAAAAACCGAAGCCAUGUUCCAGCCCUCAUCAUCACAGGCUGCCAAUGCACCACCACCUCUUUCCAUUAUCAUCAGUAAUACAGAAAUCAAGACUGUGGAUAAUUUCUGCUACCUGGGUAGCACCAUCAUGAGCAGUGGAUCCCUGGGAAGCUGUGGUCUUGAGCACACUUCUGUAUUGCUGCGAGACAUGGACCGCCGGCACAUCAAGCAACUAGAGCAAUUUCACCAACGAUGUCUGCGGAAGAUCUGUAACAUCAAGUGGCAGGACAGAGUGUCCAACCUUCAGGUCUUAGAGAAGUGUGACCUCCCUAGCAUUGAGUGCUUGAUCAUUAAGUGCCAACUGAGAUGGACAGGACACGUCAUCCGAAUGGAGGAUAGUAGAAUUCCGAAGAUGCUGCUGUAUGGACAGCUGAAGGAAGGGCACCGCGACCAGGGAAGACCCUUCAAGAGGUACAAAGACACUCUGAAGGUGAAUCUCAAGAGGUGCAACUUUGACAGGUUAAGAAACCAAACUGGAUUUUAUCUCUUUAUUGUUAAUGAGCUAAGCACAAGUAAUGUCAGGUCAGCAGUCGUGUGGCGAAUGAUAAUUCCACCUCAGGUCCGGCGGCUUAAGUACCUGACCGGCGAUGUUAGCUCGGCCGAUUAG